CUGUUGGACCUGCUCAUCUUUGGGUUUUGGUUACAAAACACAGCACUUCUUUUAGUUAAAUUCACUUAUGAUCCAAUCACAACAACAUGGUUCACACGCUUCAAGUCCAGAGUUCUAGAGUUCCAGAGUUUUUAGCCCUCAAUGAUGCAGCUCUAUCUAAAUAGUUUCUACAUGUAAUGGGAGGCAGAGCUUUAGCUACCGAGCUCUUCUGUGGAACCAGCUCAGGUUCUGGUCCAAACAAUAGGAUGCUGAGACCUCCUUCAUUCAUUCAUUCUCUCUGUCUGGACCUUAUUACAUUAAUAUUCUGCCUGUGUUCUGUUGCUGAUCUGUUCUCACCCCAACCAGUCGACACAAAGGCCAACCCUGACCCGGUUCCACUAGAAGUUUCCCUUCCUACAUUUGUUGGGUUUUUUAUUUUUUCGGUUAAAAAAAAUAAUCACCCGCUGUGUUCUAUAUGAAGAAGGCUUCUAUGUGAUUCUAGUAGCUGGUGUCACUCAUCCAUUGACAGUCAAGGUGAGGGCAGUGAGCUGCUGAUAGGGAAUCACUUCCACCAGCACAAUAACUGGGUUCUGGCCUUUCGGGACUCAAUCAUAGUCACUAUUAGGACAUGAAUCCUCUGCUUUAACAUUCACAGUCCACCAGGUGUCACUGUGCUGGUUCUUAGGCAUCCAUCCCUCACCUCCAGAAGUUUAACUGAUCAGCAGCAAUGAAAACAUAUUUACAUGCACGGUACUGUAUAUAACUUACUUCUUUUUACUUGACAUUUAGAGGACUUUUUGUCACAGAAUCGUUGAGUAAAUCUACAACAAUAAAAGUAAAACAAUAUGAACGUUCACAUUAAUUUGGCUGAUCGAUCUUUUUGACUGAAGGCAUAAAAAAAUCAGUUUUCUGUUUUGAAAAGAUUAGAUGAGAGCGGUGAAACACACUAAAUCCUCACCCUCAGCCUGGUACAACUGUAAACAAUAAAACAAAAGCUCUCUGUUUCCACUCAGCCUGUCAAACCCACAUCGCUGCUGUCCUCAGUCACCAACACCAGGACCCUCCAGGACCAGUCAGAACAUGGACUCUAAGCGUUUCCCCUCUGGUUCUCAGCAGCAGCUUCGACUCAGGCCAAAGAGGACAAAGAGGGAAUGGAGACCGCUGGAGGACCGGAGCUGCACAGACCUGCCCUGGUUCCUGCUCUUCACCGUGUUCUGCGUCGGCAUGGGCAGCAUCUGUGGCUUCACCAUCGUCACCGGCGGCGCCGAUCGCCUCAUUUUUGGAUACGACAGCUACGGCAACACCUGCGGUCGACGCAAUGAACUCAUUGAAGGACUCUGGCUCAGCGGCCUUGACCACACCGACAAGAAGUUUGUUUUCUUCCUGGAUCCCUGUAACAUAGACAUUGUUCAGAGGAAGAUCAAGUCUAUAGCUCUGUGUGUGUCUCUGUGUCCCACUGAGGAGCUAAAGACCUACCAAGACUUGAAGAGGUUCGCCAUGCUCAACGGUUCUGAGCUGUGUUCCUAUGAGCUAGCGGGUCACAAAUAUCCCAGCCUUCCUGAGAGGUUCAAUAAAUGCCCAAAGCUUCCAGUUCCACCCAGUAAGCCGCUGCCAGUGUUUAACCGCUGCACUCCUGUGGACAGUUCCUGCUACGCCAAGUUUGCAGAGGCUGUGGUGACAUUUGUUGGCGACCACAGCGUCCUGCACCGACUUAUUGCUGGCGUUGCUGCCAGUAAAGAGAUCAUCAUCGGCCUGUGUGUGCUGGCUCUGGGUCUCUCCAUGAUCCUCAUGGUGAUCAUCCGCUACAUCUCUGCAGUUCUUGUCUGGAUCCUAACCUCGCUGGUGGUGCUCGGAUCCCUCGCGGGUACUGGCGUCCUCUGGUGGCUAUACAUCGAUCACAGGCUGUAUGGAAAUGAAACUAAGGAGCUGAAGGAGGCGAAGGAGGAGGCGGCGGUCAGCAGGGACAGCGGACAGGCACUGCUUAUCUACUCUGUGGCCGCCACUGUCUUCACUAUCAUCCUGCUGCUGCUGAUGCUCUUCAUGAGGAAGCGCGUGGCUCUGACCAUCGCUCUGUUCCAUGUGGCAGGAAAGGUCUUUAUCCACCUCCCGCUCCUCACCCUGCAGCCCUUUGUCACCUUCCUUGCUCUCCUGCUCUUCUGGAUCUACUGGAUCCUGGUCCUGCUCUUCCUAGGAACCACCGGGAACCCAGUCCAGAACGAGGAGACGGGGCUGACAGAGUUUAGACUAACGGGUCCUCUUCAGUACCUCACCUGGUACCACACUGUAGGUCUGGUCUGGAUCAGUGAGUUCAUUCUAGCCUGUCAGCAGAUGACAGUGGCUGGAGCCGUGGUCACGUACUACUUUACCAGGGACAAGAACCGGCUCCCAGUGACCCCCAUCCUGUCCUCGGUUCUGAGGCUAGUCCGGUAUCACCUGGGAACCGUUGCCAAGGGUUCCUUCAUCAUCACUUUGGUGAAGAUCCCCAGGCUCAUCCUCAUGUACAUCCACAACCAGCUAAAGGGAAAGGAGAACGCCUGCGCUCGCUGUAUGCUGAAAACCUGUAUCUGCUGUCUGUGGUGUUUAGAGAAGUGCCUCAACUAUCUCAAUCAGAAUGCAUAUGCAGCCACGGCCAUCAACAGCACCAGUUUCUGCACGUCGGCACGCGACGCCUUCGUGAUCCUGGUGGAAAACGCGCUGCGUGUCGCCACAAUCAACGCCAUCGGAGAUUUUGUUCUCUUCCUGGGGAAGAUCCUGAUUGUGACAUCGACGACAUUUGCCGGCGUCGUUCUCCUCAACUACCAGAGGGACUAUGCUGAGUGGCUGCUGCCCCUGAUCAUCGUCUGUCUCUUCUCUUUCCUGGUUGCUCAUUGCUUCCUGUCCAUCUUUGAGAUUGUGGUGGACGUCCUGUUCCUCUGCUUUGCCAUUGACACCAAGUACAAUGACGGUACCCCGGGGAAGGAGUUCUUCAUGGACAAAUCUCUGAUGGAGUUUGUGGAAAGCAGCCGGCGGUUGGAGCGAGUGGUGGAGCGUGGACGAAGCCGGGUGAAGGAGGCGGUGUCAGAGGGGGCGGAGAUGAAGCCCAUGGUGAGUGACAAUGGUGGAGGGGGCGUGGCCAGGCGCGGGAACUCCCUGGAGGAGGGGAGGCUGACACUGGAUGGAGGUGGGGCAGAGUGGGAGGAGCUUCAGGAGUUCCAGGUGUACUACCUGCUGGUGGGGGUGCUGGUGGACUGGGUGCUGACAGAACAGAGCGACUUCACCCUGUGCCUCAGCGAGGACGUUGUGCUCUUCCUCUGCGUCUACCUGCCCACCUCCACCCUCUUUCUGUUUGUCAGCCUGCUGCACACGUCAAGCCUCGCCCCCUCUGCCAGCUCCACUAAGUCGCCCGCUGUCACCAGCUGACAGACGGGAGCCAGACUGGUUGCAUGAACACUGCAUCCUCUGACUUCAUACCAUCGCUGCAGCUUUUUCCUCCACUCAAGGAGCCACUUUUCCUUUGUGUAAUACAUUUUUUACUUUUGCAUCUUCUUUUCACAUUUUGUUGUUUUGCUUGGCCUUAACUUCACCGUGCUGCUUUCAGGACUCAGCAGAUUUCAAAGUUCCUCUUGUGUUUACAUGAACAUUUCUAGUUCUGGUCCUGGACUCAGCUUCCAGGUAAUGGAUCCUGUUCCUGUUGUCAUAAACAGGACUUAGGCUGACAGUGUCUGCUGGGUCUUGGUCCAUCAUGAUAUUUUAAUAAUUUCCAGACCUGAGCUCAUGUCCUGAGCCACCCACAGUCUGGUUAAAACCCCUGUUUUCAAACUCACUGUGAUUAAAUUUAACUUUUAGUUAAUAAAGUAAAAAAUAACCCAAGGAGUCACAUGUUGACAGCAAAGAGUCUAAAAAAAGCCAAUUUAAAAUGACCUCAAACAAACCAGAGUAACCUCCUGAGGUCUUAAGUCUGAUUUCAGGGCCUGAUGUGUCAUAAUGUGAAAGAGAAGGGAGCAAUCGCCAUCAACACCUGGACUCCUGAGCUCCUGCUCUGCAUGUGUCAGUAACACCUGACUACCCAUGGUGCUUUGUGCUCACCUCCAUAUCUGUGCUGUGUGUGAAGCGUUUAACCAUGUGGACUCGUUUCCUGUUUCAGGCUCCGGGGACAAGUUCAGCUUGACCAAAAUCAGCCAAUGGGACUUCUUAAAAAAAAGAGACAUUCCAAAUGUUUAUUUUUACCAACGUGUAACAUGUUUACUAUGGUUUCACUCCAGGGAAAACAAUAUUUUAAUAAGAAACUGUAAAAACGUAACAAUGUAAUGAAGCACUUUAUAUUGAAGCGCUGCAGAUUUUAAACCGGCUAAUGCAUUUUUUCGUAGUGAUGUCGUUUUUUAUAAAACUGAAGUCAUCGCUCUUCAGUUCUAAUACUUCUACAUCUGCCACAAGUCUGACUGCUGGAGACACCGGAGCUCAGAAGAGAUCAUAGGAUGAAGAUCCUGGUGAUCAGCUGGUCAGUCUGGCGAGACGCACUGCAAGCACGCUGAUCCAUGCAGCUGAUUAAUUGUUAAUUCAUAAUGGAUCACACAGACACAGCCAGCUACUGGCCCACAGACGACGGUCAGUGAACAAGGAGGCGGGCAUCGUAACGGAAUAGAUUAUCAUUAUUGUCACAUGUCCCCAUUAAUGUUGCAGGUAGUAAAAACAACAACAAAUAUACAAACUUCUGUAAUUUUGUAAUUGACUAAACUCCAACAACUUUAAAUUCCAGUAACAAUAGAAACUGUUGAUUGCUGGUGAAUGUUGGACUCAGCAGUGUUGCUCGCAGUGUGAAGUCUGGCAGACGGCUGUCGUCAGGUCGCAGAGCCCUCGUCCACAUGGGGGCAGCACAGUCACAGGCAUGAGUCCGGAUUAAGAAUGAAGGACGGAAAUGUGGGUCAGAGUGAGUUGUCUCCAUACAAAGAUACCCAGAGAACAGGAGUCUGCUGAGUUCAGCAAUAACAAACACACAUCAAUGAGAACAACAAGUCUUCCUGCUUCUGUUCGACCAACAUGCUUUAGGUCAACGGCUCGACCAUCAGCAAGGAGACUGAUUGGGCAAAUUCAGUGAGAAGGUUGUCUCCUUUGUGGGUUAAAUGUGGAACCGCUGCUGUCACACUGGAGCGACAGGAACAGGACCAAGCUGUCGGCAGCGUGUGGAUCCCUGCUGCAGCUCCAGUCCAGCUGUUUGGGUUAAAUGUCCUUUGUGCUGGGUAUAUGUAGACUGUUGUCCUGAGACCAUUUUCUGAUCAGUGUGUUUAGGUCAGUGCAACUCAAAUGGUGCAACGCGUGGCCUCAGCUUUACAUUCUCAGCACAUUAGAACAUUAGAAUUUUUUUUUUUUUAUGAGCUCAAGCAGAAUCUGCCUCCAAGUUUCUAGCAGCCAGGUUUUAUUCACAUCAAUCCUUCCUCUACAUCGAACUUACUCCCACCUUGUUUUCUCCUCAUCAGCUCAGCGACAGGAACUUGAAUUGGACACCGUAAACAUGAAGUGGUUCACUGGGCUGUUGCUCUGGUUGUUGCUGGGAUGAUGAACAUUGGUCUGUGCUAUCUUUGCUGGUUGGCCUGAUGGUUUACAGGCUCCGACUGUUCCCAUCUUUCAUCGGUCCCAGAGUUUCAGCAGGACCAGGACAAACGUCUGUUUGUGUUUGUCGGCGUGUGCAGAAACUCCGGACUUGAUCUGAGAUUUAGCUUUGACUUUUAAAGAGCAUGUACGAUGCAGCGGUAACGGGACUCGAUUCUCUGAGCAUGUUAAUUCAGUAAUUGCACUAAAGAUGAAGUUCAUUCACUGACGUCAGUUUAAAGUAGCUGUAAAGUAUUUUAGAUGAACCGUGUUUGUAGCUCAGAUAUUAAUACACAUCAUUCGUGUUCAAACGUCCUGAAAAGAAAAACACAAUCAGUGGAAAUACUUAAAUCUGCUUCUAAGACUUUUAUUUUCACUUCUUAUUGACCAGUUUGACUCGUUGCGGAGAGUUGACACCUGGAAAUGUAUCAUUAUUGUUGAUAGUGUCUUCACAUUGGACCUAUUAUGACAAAGGCCAAGACUAAAUAUUACAAUACUCCUAAAAGAUUAAUACAUUUUAUGGCUCUGAUGAUUUCCCUAUAAAUUGUUGAAUGUUGUUUGAUUGUAACAUCAACAGAAGACAGCAGUAAGAUGUGUGGUUUCACUUCAAACUAACAGAGGAAGUUACAUGUCUGCACUUCUUUUUCUAAGUGAGAUAUUUCUCAUUGAGUACAAAUUAGGAAGUUUCCAAAGGAUAAUUAAAAUGGUUGUUGUUCCGACUGUAGCAUUUCUUGAUGCUCAUUCUGCCGUUCUCUAAUUAAAGGACUCGAGGUUACACAACACUUCACUGAAAGUAACUGGAACCUGUUGUUCAUGGAUUAAGGUCAUUUUUGUUUGCAUUUCUACAGGAUGGUUUUUAAACUCCCAGUUACUGUACAGUACAUUUUUCAUUCGUUGAAUUAUGAAGCAACCGUGCUGCUGGGUUUUAAACUUUGUCCUGUGAGUCAAAUUGCAGCUGCCUGAUGACCAAUCAUUUGCUUCAGCGAAGAGGCUGCAGAUGCAGUGGAAAAGUUAGCUGCUAGUUAGAGAAGCUUCAGCCAGGACCUCGACGAUUGGUUCAAACUGGAGCAGGCAUGGUUCUGAAAAGAACUGGGCUCCUAAACCCAUGAGAACCUCAGUGACACGUGUCAUCAAAUGCAACAGAUGUGUUCAGAUGUGUGCUGUGUUUGCUUCAUAUGCCACAAGAUGCUGCUUCAGGUAGAGGUGCGCCUGGGCUGCCCUGGGUGGAGUCAGACUCGCUUCUGAUGUUAGCCAUGUUUUACCCAUCUGCAGCUUCUUCGAGCUCUGGCAAAUCUGAUCCAAGACCAGCUGCAUGUGUGGCAGUGCGUCGUCGGCGUAGUGUGAAUAAUCUGCCGUUAGACUCACAUGACUAAAAACUCGCCUUUUUCUUUUAAACUGGAAUUUGUCUUUACACAGGUCAGACAGACUUGAGGCUGAGGCAAUUUAACCGGUGUAACACUAGACUCUAGAAGUGGUUUGUAACACUAAAAAAGUUUUAUUUUGUUCUGCGUUGUUUUUUUAAAUUUUCAUUGUAUAUUUGUUUGUUUUUUUAGAAAAAGUAAUAAAAUGGAAAGUUUGAAUCUGUAA